CAAUCUUAUCUUCCCUUUCAAGUUUUCAGACUUUUUGCUCGUUGCUUACCUACACAAUAUAAUCUGGAGAAAAAAAAAAGAAGAGUGAAAAAUGGCUAUGAUAGAAGUCUUUCUUGGUGCAAUCAUCAAGGUGAUAUUUGACAAGCUUGCUUCUGUUGAUUUGAAGAAACUUGCACGCUCAGAAGGCUUGGAUACUCAGCUGAAACGAUGGAGCCAAGUGCUAUCCCUGAUUCAGGCAGUGCUUGAUGAUGAAGAGGACAAGCAGAAUAUGAGGAUUGCUGUGAAGCAGUGGCUAGAUGAUCUUCAGGAUUUGGCAUAUGAUAUGGAUGAUGUGAUUGACGAAUUCUCCACAGAAGCUUGUCGAAGAAAGUUGAUGGAAGCUCAAGGCUCUACUAGCAAGGUAAGAAAGGUUAAAAUCCCUUCCUGUUGUACAAAUUUUUCUGUUAAAGAUUAUAAGUUCAACAGAAAAAUGGCUCCCAAGGUGGAUGAAAUAACUAGAAGAUUGGAAAGCCUGAAAGAACAAAUCAAAAUCCUCCAUUUGGUAGAGACUGUAGCAAAGAGGCCGAACAAAACUAGGGAUAGAUUGCCAUCAACUUCCUUAGUGGAGUCUUAUGUUUAUGGUCGAGAGAAUGACAAAAAAGAGCUGCUGAAAUUGCUCCUUUCAAAUGAAUCGAGUGAUGAUCAAGUGGCUGUGAUACCAAUUGUUGGCAUGGGAGGGGUCGGUAAAACAACUCUUGCUCAAAUGGUGUACAAUGAUGACAGAGUCAACGAAUUUUUCGAUUCCAAGGCUUGGGCUUGUGUUUCAGAUGAUUUUGACAUUUUUGGGGUAACAAAGACGAUCCUCAGAGCAAUCACAGCAGGUGGGUGUGAUUAUGAGGAUCUGAAUAUGGUUCAAGUGAAACUGAGUGAGGCCUUGACCAGGAAGAGGUUUCUAAUUGUUUUAGAUGAUGUUUGGAAUGAAAAAUACGAGGACUGGGACAUCCUGCGCCGCCCAUUUCUAGUUGGUUCAUCUGGGAGCAAGAUAAUUGUCACCACUCGGAAUCAAAGGGUGGCAUCAGUAGUGUCUUCCACUUCUGGAUAUAGUCUGAAGGAGUUGACAGAUGAUGAAAGCUUAUGGUUACUGGCAAGACAUGCACUAGGAAGGACAAAUUUUGACAGGUACCCCAAUCUAGAAGGCAUUGGUAGGAGUAUUGUAAGGAAAUGUAAGAACUUGCCCUUGGCCGUGAAGACUCUUGGAGGGCUGUUGCGUGCUAGAUCGACCCCAGAUGAAUGGACGGAUAUACUGAACAGUGAGAUAUGGGAAAUAAAAGAGGAUCAAAGUGAUAUUCUUCCAGCACUGAGAUUAAGCUAUUAUCAUCUUCCUGCCCAUCUAAAACCGUGCUUUGCUUACUGCUCCAUAUUUCCCAAGGACUAUGAGUUUGACAAAUAUGAGCUAGUAUUGCUCUGGAUGGCAGAGGGUUUUCUCGAGGAAUCAAAAGCAAGUGAUCUUAUGGAGGACAUAGGGGAGGAUUAUUUUAAGGAGCUACUAAUGAGGUCCUUCUUCCAGCAGUCAAGUUCCACUAGUUCACGUUUUGUGAUGCAUGACCUUAUUAACGAUCUAGCUAGAUAUAUUGCCGGAGAUUUUUGUUCAAGGUUGACAGACGACUUGGAAGAGAACAUCAAAUGCACGAUUCUUGACAAGGUUAGGUACACAUCAUUCACAAGUUCAAUUUAUGGAGCUUCACAAAAGUUUAAAACACUUCAGAAAGCAAAACAUUUGCGGAGUUUCCUACCCGUUUCUGGCAAGUAUGUCGGCAACUUUUACAUCGCUAAAAAGGUCAUAACAGAACUUUUGCUGGAAUUGCGAUACUCAAGGGUGCUAUCAUUCAGUGGAUAUGAUAUCUCUGAUCUACCAAAUUCCAUAGGUGAAUUAAUACAUCUAAGGUACCUGAAUUUGUCUGGUACUUCGUUGAAAGUGUUGCCUGAAUCAUUGAGUAAUCUUUGCAAUUUACAAACACUACGUUUGCGCGACUGCUGGGGGCUGAUUAACUUACCGGUGGGUAUUAGAAAAUUAAUUAACCUGCGCCAUCUUGAAAAUUCCAAUACUAGUCAAUUGCAUGAGAUGCCUUCAGGGAUUGAUCAGUUGACGAGCUUGCAGACACUAUCCAAAGUGGUUGUGAGCAAAAAUGGUGGGUUCAGGCUGAAUGACUUGGGGAACUUGUCCUUACUGGCAGGGUCACUCGCCAUUUUGGAGUUGCAAAAUGUUACGAAUGUUCAAGAAGCACGGGAUGCCAAUUUGAAGAACAAGAGGGACCUUGAUAAAAUAGUAUUGGCAUGGAAUAGUGAAUAUGAUGGUUCUCUGAGUAAAGUUCUUCAACAAGAUUUGCUUGAGGCACUACGACCACACACAAAUCUAACGAGUCUUGAAAUUAAGUUCUACAAGGGAGACAAAUUCUCUUCCUGGGUGGGGGAUUCUUCAUUUACUAAAUUAGUAAAAGUAAGCCUUAGAGGUUGUACACACUGCAAGUGUUUACCAUCACUCGGGCAAUUGCCUGCGCUCAAGGAUUUGAGCAUUCAAACCAUGCUUGAGGUGAAGGCAGUAGGUACGGAGCUAUGUGGCAAAGAUUGCUUUCCAUCGCUUGAAAGUCUAACAUUUGAUGACAUGCCAGAAUGGGAGGAAUGGACUUGCUUAAGUUCAGCAGGAGAGAACGAAUGCCACUUCCCUCUGCUCCGAAAGCUCUGUAUAAGUGGCUGCCCAAAGUUGAAAAGCAUUCCUGUUUUGCAUCUUCCUUCACUCUCUGAACUGAACUUAAAAAAGUGCUCGGUGGGAAUUGCAAAAUGUUUUCACAAUUUGACCUCAUUAAACCAAUUGCAGUUUGGGCAGAUUAUUGGGCUUGCAUCCCUCGAGGAUGUGUUCAAGCAGUUUCCAUCAGGCCUUGAAGGUAUCGCAUUACAUGAGUGCCAUCAACUGAAGAAUCUGUGGGGGUCAAGUAAAACUGUAAACCUUGUGCAGCUAAAAUCUUUAGAUGUUUCAGAAUGUUCACAGCUUUCAUCCUUGGAGGAGCUUGGCUCAAAUAAUACUGUAAACCUUGUGCAGCUAAAACGUUUAUUUGUUUCAGAAUGUUCACAGCUUUCAUCCUUGGAGGAGCUUGGUGUCUUACCGACGCUUGAAUAUCUUGAUAUAAAAGGUUGCAGUGCUCUCCAGUCUUUGCCUACAUUUUCUGGUCUUGACACAUUGCGAAUAGGCAGAUGCUCAGCCCUCAGUUGCUUGCCAAUGGACAAGUUGCUCCUCCCUCAGCUUAGGAGUCUUGAGAUCAGCCAGUGCCAGAAACUGAACCUUACUCCGGAGAUUGUCAUAGAGGACACCAGCACAUCGAUUGAGAUUCUGGAAAUCACUGACUGCCCAUGUCUGAAUUUGAGAACAAUGCUUGGUUCAGUCUACAGUUUUGCAAGUCUCCGGUCUUUGGAUAUUAGCGAUUGUGAUUAUCAUCUGGAUCAAUUGCCCACUCCAAGUUUGGAACGUCUUUCCUUGUGCAGAUGCAAAAAUGUUAGUUACUUGCCCAGUGGUUUGGGACGACUAAGAUCUCUGUUGUUGUAUUCUUGUUCAAGUCCUUUGUUAUUUCCACAAGGAGAUUUUCCUCCCACUCUGAAGUUUCUUGACAUAGAGGCAGGAGAAAACUUACAGCUGAAGCCCCUGUCAGAAUGGGGACUCAACAGACUGACGUUUCUUGAAAGGUUCUACAUCCGUGGUGGAUAUCCAGAGCUGGAAUCAUUUUCUGGUAGUGGUGAUGAUGGAUUGGCUUUGCUUCCUCCAACUCUUAGGUCCGUCACCAUUCGUGACUUACCAAAUCUGAAAUCGCUCUCCGCGUUCUUGCGAGGUCUUACUGCUCUUCAAGAUCUGAGUAUCUUUAAUUGCCCCAAGCUUGGAUCCCUACCAAGGGGAUCUUUGAGUAAUCCGCUUCGAGCUCUAGAAAUUUAUGAAUGCCCACUUCUUGAGAAAAGGUGUUUGAUGGAUAGAGGAGACUACUGGCCCAUGAUUGAAGACAUUCCCAUUGUGACAAUACGCAGUGAUGGCACCAGAUGGGGUUCGAUGUUCUUUUCUUGUGAUUUUGAUUAAGCUGUGUGCACUCUUUUCACUUAAGAUGGUAAGGUAAAAUAUUUGUUGGCACGUUGACGUAGGCUCAACUCGCUCGGCAGAUUGUAGAGGAAACUAAUCACGGGAUCUUUCUGCCCCAUUUUGUUCUUGUGUUUUACUAAGUCCCUACAGUUCCUGCCUUGAUGAAUCUCUUUGUUGGGCCUUAUUCUGAUUUGUAGAGAUUGUAGAAUAUAAUAUGUAUAUAUGUAUGUAUAUAUAUAAUCACAUGUUUCUUUCUUUCUUUU